AUGAAUGGCACGUCAUUCACGUCAUGUCUGCUUAUGCUAUUUUCACUCCUUCCGUGUGUGAUUAUGUUAUGUCGACCUAAACUUAAAGAACGUCAGACUUGUGCUUUAUCAAGAGCGCCAAUUAUUGCUGAGAAACGUACGAUGGCAAAUUAUGAAACAUUUUCGGGUAACAAAAACGAAGUACCGCAGAAGAAUUUAUCAAAAAAGGGAAAUAUCACAAAAAAAGGAAUUGUUACGUUGAAUAAUCCAGCAAAAAAAUUGCGCAACGAGAAGGAAAUUGGCUGCUCGUUGCUAAAUGGAAGCAGAAUUGACGGAAGUGAGCAGAGAGGCGAAAAUUUUGCGAUAAUUGGAAGCUUGAAUAGUAUGAGCAUUUCGGAAUUUCCUCCUUCACAUACUCUAGGAAUUGAGCCAAUAAAUGUUCCUUCUUAUACGUCAUCAGACUACAGUAUGAUGGAAGAGAUGUCAUCAUUUCUGGAUGCUCAAGGACAAAUGCAGCGAGCAUUACAUUUGCCAGACUCGACAGAUAGCCUCGCUACAGCGUUCGAGGAAUCUGCGUUAACUGCUAAAUCUUAG